AUGAGAGACUCUGUCGACGACUUCCCUGACGACGACAUUGACCUCUUGUCGUCACCCGUGACCCUCCCUAAUGGCGUCACCAUUCCGAACCGCUUGGCCAAGGCGGCUAUGGAGGAGGGCAUCCCUGGUGGACUGCCAGGACGGCGUCAUCGGAAACUCUACAGUCGAUGGGGCAAGGGCGGUUGGGGAGUGAUUCUGACGGGUAACGUCCAAGUGGACGCCAGCCAGUCUGGGACUCCGUUCGACUUGCGCUUCAACGAUGACCCGCACACGGUUCCUCGGUUUCACGAGCUGCACGAGUCCAUCAUCCCGCCACAUUACGCGGGCCCCGAUGCGCCACUGACGCUCGUGCAGCUGAACCACGCCGGGAUGCAGUCCUCACCGACAUUCUCCAUGUGCAGAGCCCCGUGGAUUCCCUCCGUUGCCCCGGUGAGCGCGCGGCCGGAUCUGGGGUCUGGGCCGGUCGCUUGGGCCAUGGCGCGCACGCUGUGGCCCGUCCCCUCUCGCGCCGUGACGGACUUGGCCGAGUGGCUGGACAUUGCGGGCCGCUUCGUCGACGCAGCGGCAUGUAUGGAGGAGGCGGGCUGGGGAGGCGUGCAGCUCCACUCGGCUCACGGAUACCUCCUUGCGCAGUACCUGUCGCCUCUUGUGAGUUCAGAAUUCGAUCUCGCGAACUGA